AUGAGCUGUACGAGGUUUGGCAAGCCUUUGCCAGUUCUUUACGGCUCUCAUUCUCUAAGCCAUAAACCUCACCACCUCCUCAACAUGAUCUUCACACGCACUUUCGUCGCCGCAGUCCUAGCUCUGGCUCCCGUCAUCAGUGCCAACGGGCUCAGUGAGCGCGCCAACACGGACUUCGCCUGCCCGGCGACUAACAACGGCCAAGACCGCAACUACGUGGCUCACACCUUCACCGCGGGCCAGGCCAAGGCGGCCGUGGCCGCGGCCUCAAAGUACCAGAACAAAAUGGGCGAGAAAUGGAAGCCAGGGCGCGACGAGUACCCGCACUUCUUCGGCAACGGCGAGCAGAUUCCCUUCCCCUGCGGCGCCCAGAAGGCCGAAUACCCCAUUAAGACGGACGGCAAGGUCUUCCCCCCGCCUACCGGCGACGUUGGCCAGAUCCCUGACCGCGUUGUCUACGAGUACGCGUGGGUUAAGAAGAAUGGCAAGAAGACACUCCAGGUCGGGAAGAUCUGCGGUGUCAUGCGCCACGGACCAGGCCGCGACUUCCUCAACUGCCCCGGGAAAUAA